AUGAAUCUUGCAUCAGUAAUUAUUUAUAUAUUAAUGUUAAAAGUUUUAUUUGUUAAUUGCUCGGAUGAUGAAUAUAGGCUUUUACAAGAUUUGAAGGAGCGUUAUGAUCCAAGUAAAUUCGAAAAAAAAAUUUUUUUUUGUUUUAUUUUUUUAAAAGUUGAAAGGCCAGUACAGAACCAUACAGAAGCGGUUAAAGUAAGCCUUCAUCUUUAUUUACAACAAAUUGUUGAUGUUGAUGAAAAGAAUCAAGUUUUAACAGUAGUGCUAUGGGAGGAAUUUCGAUGGUUUGAUUAUAAAAUGCGUUGGGACCCUCGAGAAUAUGGGGGAAUAAAAAAAAUUCGAUUUCCUACUGGAACUCUCUGGAGACCUGAUGUUCUUCUCUUUAAUAGUGCUGAUGAGAAUUUUGAUGCUCGAUUUGAUGUUAAUUUUGUAGUUAAUAAUGAUGGAAGGUUUCCAUUCGACGAACAAAUGUGUUUAUUAAAGUUUGGACCCUGGUCACAUCAAAGAUAUGCUUUAGAUUUAUGCAUUGACAGAGAGGGUAUGAAUGACGAAGACAAACAUAAACAUAGCAUUGAUACUUAUUAUUAUGUAACUAAUGGAGAAUGGGAUUUAAUUUCAACACCUGCAAAUAUUUCAACUCCUCCUUUUGGCGAUCAGGGGGAUUCUUUUAUUGAAUUACAUUUUUAUAUCCACAUUAAACGAAAAAUAAUUUAUUAUGGAAUGAAUUGGAUUGUUCCCAGUGUUCUUUUUUUGCUAACCAAUGUUUUGGAAACAACAAAUCUUCUUUCUGUAACAGUUUUUCUCGGAAUGGUUGCAGAUAUAACUCCCCCAACUUCAGAUUCUGUUCCAAUUAUUGCCGCCUUUUUUUCUAUUGCAAUGGUGAUUCUUGGUUCUUCAAUUAUUUUUACUUUACUUAUAAUUAAUGUACAUUUUCGUUCUCCUCGCACUCAUAAAAUGACGCCAUGGGUUCGCACAAUUUUCUUAGAAUGGUUACCUUGGCUUUUACUUAUGAAUAGACCGGUUAUUUUUUUCCGAAAAAAAAUAUUUUCAAGAAAAUAUCAGGGGAAACAAUUUCGAAAACCAAAACGUAAACGUCGAACACCUCGACAGAGGCCUGGUACUUGGACUUCUGAACAUCAGAUUGAAUUACAGCAAAGAGGAGAACAUUUAAAACAACGUGUUUUCCCUAAAACAUUACAAACUAGCGAUUCAAGUACAAGUCGAGGCUCAUUAGGAGUUGGUUUACAUCGACAACAAUAUACACAGGAAUCGACUAUAAUGAUGGAAAAACCCUCAACUCCUUUAUUAACAGCAAAUUCAGGCAGCAAAGAUAAAGGAAAGAGAAUUCUUGAAGACCGACUCGAUUCUUUUUUAAUAUCCGAAUAUGGAACUACAGAAUUAUUACGUUCAACACUUCGUGAACUUUCAGAUUAUUUACAUUUAUCUCAACAAAAAAUGGAUGAAGAAGAAGAGGAGGAGGAAGCAAAGGCUGACUGGCGUUUUAUGGCAAUGUCUUUAGAUAGGGCCUGCCUUUUCCUUUAUGCCUUCAUUUGUUGUGCUCUCCCCCUUUGGAUAUUUGCUGCAACGCCAAAAUAUAUAUUACCUAUAGAUCCAACAAAAAUUGUUAAUCCUAAAGCUUUAUGUUCAUUUAAAGAAAAUUAG